UAUGGGAGAAAGGAGAGAAAGGAAAGCGCGAGGAGGCGCCGCCACUACCAGAGCAGCAGUCCUGGAGCUGUGAGGAGAUUCGGGCGGUCACCCUGCCUCCCCUGCGUCCCGCCACCUGCCGCUUCCGUCCUUCUGACCCAUUCCAACAAUCUCUUAAAACAUGGUGGAUUACUAUGAAGUUCUAGGCGUGCAGAGACAUGCCUCACCUGAGGAUAUUAAAAAGGCAUAUCUAAAACUGGCACUGAAGUGGCAUCCAGAUAAAAAUCCCGAGAAUAAAGAAGAAGCAGAGAGAAAAUUCAAGCAAGUAGCGGAGGCAUAUGAAAUGCUGUCAGAUGCUAAGAAACGGGACAUCUAUGACAAAUAUGGCAAAGAAGGAUUAAAUGGUGGAGGAGGAGGUGGAAGUCAUUUUGACAGUCCAUUUGAAUUUGGCUUCACAUUCCGUGACCCAGAUGAUGUCUUCAGGGAAUUUUUUGGUGGAAGGGACCCAUUUUCAUUUGACUUCUUUGAAGACCCUUUUGAGGACUUCUUUGGGAAUCGAAGGGGUCCCAGAGGAAGCAGAAGCCGAGGGACGGGGUCGUUUUUCUCCGCGUUCAGUGGAUUUCCGUCUUUUGGAAGUGGAUUUUCUUCUUUUGAUACAGGAUUUACUUCAUUUGGGUCACUAGGUCACGGGGGCCUCACUUCAUUCUCUUCCACGUCAUUUGGUGGUAGUGGCAUGGGCAACUUCAAAUCGAUAUCAACUCCAACUAAAAUGGUUAAUGGCAGAAAAAUCACUACAAAGAGAAUUGUCGAGAACGGUCAAGAAAGAGUAGCAGUUGAAGAAGACGGCCAGUUAAAGUCCUUAACAAUAAAUGGUAAGGAGCAGCUGCUGCGCUUGGAUAACAAGUAGUUCAACGCACGCGCUUAACAGAAAUGUUAAACUAUAACAAGCACCAUUUGAGGAUUAACAGGAACAUUUUUUUGAAGAUUUCAAACGAACUCGACUUUCAGUAUAAUUGUACCUAAAGUAUUUAUAAACAGCUCAUCGGAGCCUCUAUUUGUCAUAGACUUUUGAGUUGAUUGUUGGGACCACAUAAUAGGACCAUUUUUUUUUGUCUUUAAAAUUGUUGUAAAUCUCUGUAUGCACUUUGCUUUUUUAUUAAACGUACUCUAAGGUGAGUCUUGACUCUUUAGUGUAGGACAAGAUUGUACACUAACACCAGCAUGGACCUGCUUUUCAUUGUGUCUGAAAUGUGAGCCACGUAGUGUCGGCCUGCUGUGAAGUUAACAUUGCCAGGACGAUUCUUCUACAGAAAUAAUUUCAAUUUUUUUCAGUAUUUAGUAGUGAAAGAUAUUAAUGCAUUAAUGGUAAUACAUUUCUGGUUUAAUAUAAAUUAAGGAUGUUUUCUAGUUGUGCAUGAAUGCUGGCAACUUAGUAAGUUUUGACAAUUGUUUAAAUAUGUAAUGUUAAGCUUAGGUUUAAAACAGUAAAGCUGGUAAACUGGGUCUUUGUCAUUUGCUUAAAAAAAAAAAAAGAAAAUAAAUGCGAAUGUGUUGGUGCAUU